GUUGGCUCGAGUGGGUCGGGGCUUGGCAAGGUUCGAAAAAGAUGGAGGAUGGAGAGACGACUCCGAGGCGAAGUACGACUUCGGACGACAUCUCACAAUGCUGCCAAGCAGAGGGCUGCGGCCCGCUCAGAUCGCUCCGCUGAGCUCGCGCCAAUCGACAUAUAUCUGCAGCAAUGCUUCAAGAAAGUUCUCGUCGCUCCCCCGCACCGCCGGUCUUCCGCGCUCCUCUCGCACACGCCCGCUGUCGGCUCAAUGGAGGGCGGGCGCAGGCGCGAACCCAUACGUCGCCCUGAACGCAUCGGCUGUCCGCUACGGGUCAUGGUACGCGCCAUGGAGCUGGGGUCGCUCCAGCACGCCAGGCGGUCCUACCGAGACGGUGCCCGUCGCUGAGUUCUCGAACACGCCCGCACCGCCCGCCGCGCCCACCUCGCCCGUCUUCGAGCCAGAGGUCACGACCGCCACGCCCGAGAUCGCCCCCGCGGGCAUCGACAAGGCCGCCGUCACGGAGAACAACAUCACGCCAGCCGAAAACACAUCGACCCUCGACGCGCAGACGCUAGAGGAGCUCCUCGGCAACGACCCCGUCAAGGACGUCGUUCCCAAGAUGGAGAUUGACCCUACACAGCUCAUCGACCACCCCGGACAGCUCGCAGAGCUAGGACUGGACUACGGCUACGGCAUCACGACCACAUUUCAGAGGCUCCUCGAGACCAUCUAUCUGGACAUGGGCUGGGGCUGGGCAGGGACCAUCAUCGCAGCCACCGUCGUCGUGCGUAGCGGCAUGUUUGUGUUCCAGGUUCUCAGCUCGGACAAGAUGGCCGGCAUGGCUGCCUUAAAGCCGCUGACUGGUCCUCUGUCGGAAAAGAUGAACGCCGCCAUUGCUGCUGGCGACAAGCAGAAGGCGGAUCUGUACAAGAUGCAGCAGGCAGCCAUUCUGAAGCCUCACAUGGGCGGCAUGGUCUGGAUGGGAGGCUUCACCCUCGUUCAGGCUGCUGUCGGUUUCUGCGCUUUUCGAUGCCUCCGAGCUAUGGGAGAACUGCCUGUACCUGGAAUGACGACCGACGGCUUUCUGUGGUUCUCCGACUUGAGCGCACGCGAUCCUUACUUCCUUCUGCCAGCUGGCACUACCUUCAUCAUGUACAAGAUCUUCAAGAGUGGUGGCGAAACAGGCGUCGCAGAUGUGACCGCCGAGGGUGCCACACGACGCAAGCUCAUGACUUUCAUGGCUUUCUUCAUUGGUGCCAUCACCGCAUUCCAAGCUUCGGCUCUACAGCUUUACUUCCUUAUGUCUGGUAUUAUCGGCGCUGGUACUGGUUACCUCCUCAAGCAGAACAGCUUCAGGCGUCUGAUCCGCAUUCGACCUCUUCCUACGCCCGAAAGCAACGAGGUCUUCUCCAAGGUCAUCAAGGGCGAGCUCAAGCUCAAGGACAUCAAGGGUCCCGAUGGCAAGAUCCGCUACUCGCCCCCUUCUCUGCCCAAGUCAACCACACGUCGCAACGCUACCCUCGCUGGCGGGGCCAUCAGGAUCAAGGAGGGUACUACACUGCCUCUGCACCUGCGUCCUGAGCAGCCCAAGAUCGACACGGAAUUCCCCGAUCGUGACGCCGAUUUCGAGGCAGGCCCCAAGGGCAGCCUGACCGAGAAGCUUGACUACUACCGCCGCAACUACAAGAUGGCCUACGUCAAGCGCAGGGUGGGCGACAGCAUGAGGGGUAUGAUGCAGAGGGCUGGUUACGAUGUUGGAACCAACCUUAGCAGGGAAGAGGAGAAGAGGAAGAGGAAAGCAGACCAGUACGAGGUUGAGAGGAGAAGGAGAUUCGAGAACCGAAAGUGAAGCACCGAGUGAGACUGUACAAUACUGCAUGUUUGGAUUAUAUCAUGGGCACAGGCAUAUGAAAGGUGGACGU